AUGAACUUGCGGAGUAGAGAUCCAACAGACCUAGUUCCAAGAGUUGAAGACAUUAGAGCACUUGAAAGGGAGAUUGUAAGGAGGAGAAGAGAAGAACGGCAACAGGCUCACUUAGACAGAUUGGAGUUUGUGAUGGAUCAACAUCAGAAUCAGCCUCAAGAUGGAGAAGGUAAUGGCCAAGGAGCUGACAACCUUAGGCCACAACACCAACAUCGCCAAGAUAGAGCUAUUGGAACCCAUGAUGAGCCCAAUAUCCAUGGGCAUAGAGCUGGCAUUAGAGCACCAGCUGUGGAAAACAACAACUUUGAGAUCAAAUCAAGCUUGAUAAACAUGAUCCAGAGCAACAAGUAUCAUGGUCUUGCCUUGGAAGAUCCACUAGACCACUUGGAUAACUUUGAUAAGCUGUGUGAAACUACAAAGAUCAUUGGUGUCUCUGAAGAUGCAUUCAAGCUAAGAACUGCUAAGCUAAGGAAUGAAAUCUCUGGAUUUCAUCAAAAGAAUCUUGAAGGCUUUGGGGAAGCAUGGGAAAGGUUCAACAGCUACAUCUCUCAGUGUCCUCAUCAUGGCUUCAAUAUAGAGAGUUUGUUUAGUACUUUCUACACAGGUGCUUUGCCCAAGUUUAGAAGCCAGCUUGAUACUGCUAGCAAUGAAUUCUUCUUGGGGAGAAGUGAGGCAGAUGCUUUGGAGCUUGUAGAGAAUAUGGCUAAGAGUGAUUCAGGCUACAGUGUUGACCACGACAGGAGCAAUAGAGGCAUUGGAGGAGAUGAUCAGAACACAAAGAGAGAGUUGAAAGCUCUACAAGAGAAGAUGGAUUUGCUUCUCUACAACAAAGCCAAACAAGAGAAGGUCAACUUUGUUGGUGAUCAUAGACAAGAAGAGCUGGUUAUGCCCUUCUACAACAACCAACAAGGUGGUUACCAAGCUAGGGAAAACUACUCUCAAGGCUUCUCCUCUAAAGGAAAUCAGUCUACACAAGGCCAAGCCGUAUCUUCUACCUCUGCUCCACAAGAGAGUAGCACUGAUGCAAUGUUGAAACAGAUCUUGGAGUCCCAAACUAGAAGUGAGAAGAACAUUGGAUAUGAGCUGAAGAACCUUCACACCAAAGUUGAUGGAAGCUACAAUGACCUCAACAACAAGUUUCUACAACUCUCCUCUCACUUCAAGACUUUGGAGAAUCAGUUUGCCUCUAUGCCUUCAACCUCCAAGAGCCCAAUGGGAUCUCUACCAGGAAAAUCAGAGCAGAAUCCCAAAGAGUAUUGCAAUGUUGAAGCACAGAUUGUGGAGAAGGUUGAACACAAGAUUGUGGAAAGGGUUGAGAUACAAACUGUAAAGAAGGUUGAGGGAAAGGUUUUGCAACCAGUUAGACACAAAGCUGAGAAAACGGUUAUUGGGAAAGCUGUCACGCAAUUGAAACAGGUUCAGCUAGAAGAAGCUCAUGUGGUUGAGCAAUCACCUUACGACAAGCUCCCAUUUCCACAAAGAUUCCUCACUAAAGCUCAAAAGAAGGUGAUCUCCAAGUUCAGAAAAGACAUGGGAGAUGUAGGAGUCAAGCUUCCACAGAUAUCGAAUAUGCAUGAUGCUCAUGUCCAAAUGAUGCUCAUCAAGGACAUUCUAGCUCACAAAGAAGAAGUAGGAGAGCUCCUAAACAUCUCUACUAUGCAGCUUGAUCCACCAGUCACACCAAAGUUUAUUCCAAAACUAGAAACCCAAGGGAAAUUCACAUUGUCUUGCUUCCUUGGUAAGUUCACACUUGAUGAUGCUCUUAUUGGAGCUUGCACCAUUCCUAUUGACCUCACUGUUUUGAAAAUGACAACUGAUAAGAGAGUCCCAUUGAUCUUUGUCACACCAUUUCUCACAACAGUAGGAGCUUGCAUUGACUUUGCCAACAAGAAGGUCACACUCUUCAAUGUGAACAAAGUUGUCUCCUACCCAAUCAAGUCUCAAAUUAUGAAUGUUGAUUAUUGUGGAACCAUCACUUGUGGAGAACCUUCCAUUGAAAAGAUUAAGGAUGAAAUGGUUGUUAGUGAAAAAGAAGGUCUUGAUGGAGAGUCCUCUAAAGACUGCUACAAAGGAGGAGGUGGGUAG